AUGACUACAGCAACCGGUGGGAUAGAUAAUGAUGAUAGUGAUGAAACGCAGUCUGAAACCUGGGUUCACUACCAUGACGGCGGCGUACCGGGUCGACGGCGGGUGCUCAAAGGAUCCGCAGCAAAAGAGACAUUCAGUACACUACCCAAAAUUGACUUUGGGCGGAUAUACUCGGACAAGAUUGAGGAUAGAAAAGAGUUGGCCAAGGAAGUAGGCGCUGCUUGUCGAGACAUUGGCUUCUUCUACGCAGUCAACCAUGGCGUAGACGAAGAAAUGCUACUAGACACUUUUGCCGCCCUGGAAAGAUACUUUGCCCUCCCCACCGACGUCAAAAUGGAAACACACAACCAAAAGACGGACAAGUUCAGAGGCUACGAGGCAUUCCUGGAGGGAAAACUAGAUCCCAGUACACGAGGUGAUCUCAAAGAAGGCUUCCUCAUGGGCGAAGACUUCACCGACCCCGAGCAACUCUCCCUCGUCUCCUCUCCGCCUUCGCCCUCGGCCCAAACCCCACGCAACCAAUGGCCCACGCACCCGUCGGCCCUCUUCUGGCGCCCAGCCCUCUACCGCUACUACCGCGCCAUGUUCGCCUUCAGCAAACGCCUCCUCGGCAUCUUCGCCCUCGCCCUCGACCUCCCGGAGACGCACUUUGACAACAUCACCACGCACCCCCUGACAAACGUCCGCGCCGUGCACUACCCCCCGCAGCAAAGCGCCGCCGACGUCGGCAUAGGCGCACACACGGAUUUCUGCUUCUUCACCCUCGUCUGCCAGUCCCGCACUGCGUACCCAGCCCUCCAAGUCUUGAACCCAAACGGCAUCUGGGUCCCCGUGCAGCACGAACCCAACGCCUUUGUCGUCAACAUUGCCGAUUUCCUCAAGCUCCUCACCGCCGGUGCCUGGCAGAGUACUGUGCAUCGCGUGCGCAACAUGGGCGGCGAGGAGCGCUACAGUAUGCCCUUCUUCUUUAGCCCGAAUGAGGAUGCCCGCGUGAGUGUUUUGCCGCAUUUGAGCAGCCGAGACGGCGUCGUGCGUGGCGAGUUUGCGGUUGGAGAGUAUUUUCAGAAGAGGCUGGAUAUUGAUCGGAGGACGCAUUUGCACGUGGCAACGACGGGCGAGGAAGAAUGUCCGUGA